UAGCGAGAGCUGCCGGAGCUGACAGUUCAUCGUCAAAGAGUCCUGCCGUGGGACCGGCAUCUUCGACGAGCAGAAGUCCAGAUACACUGGAGCAUCGGCAGCCAUGGCCUUCCCGCACAUCCUAGGUGUGGCUCUUGGCUCCGACAGCCCUCCCAAGAUCAACUCGUUCGCGUACAACUUUGGGAUCCGCCCUGAAGAGGCUUCCAACGCGUAUGGCUUCCUAGGGAAACUAAUUUCGGAAGACAACCUCGCCUUCUACUCAAAUGUGUACUUCUCUGCAAUGGGCCCUAUCGGCGACUAUAUGGACCCAAGAAUUUACGCCCAGCGAUGUCGCAAUUAUUAUCAUGGCUCCGGCAGCAACACGGUCGCCUUUAGCGCUGUAGCCGCUGGCGUCGCUGCUUUCGGGUCGUUCCUCUCCACAACCAGAUACCCGCGGGAGUCUGAUCUGCUGCAGUACGCUAAAGCUAUUCUCGAUAAUCCUGGAUCCAUACGCAUGCUGAGCAUCGAUCAUAUCGUCGCGUGGGGCAUGCGGUUAUUUUAUCUACGGGCCACAACCCGCCCUAGUAAUGCUUGGGUCGCGUCGUGCACUCUUAUGCACCUUUGCGAAGUGGUCGGGUUACACGAAGAAGAGAACAUCAAAAGGAUGGCGUCUGUCGCCGGCGCUGCUGUUGUUGGGCAUGAUGCGGACUGGCUAAGGCGAAUUUUCUGGAUCUCGUGGGCUGGGCAUCAUAUGCUGUCGUAUGAGUACGAUCGUUCGGCUGUAACAUUUGGGGCCGUGACUUGUCAGGCUAUCAUCCCGAUACUGGGGUCCGUUGCCGACCAGUUCGUGCAAAUAGUCCAGAUCAUCCCGUCGCCUAACUCGCCGUUCCAGCUCGAAUUGAGAGCGGCUGAGCAGCUAGCCAACCAGGGCCGUCUAUUCUGGAACGUCAUAGGCAGCGUCUUCCAGUGUGUCUGUGUCUUGUUGGCCAUCGACACGCCGGCCUCCUCCGCUCACAUCCCUGCUGCCUUCAAGGGGUUGGAAAAUCUUGUCAGGGCAAUGGACACAGGAUUGACCCGUCAGGCAUUGUCAAUAGCGCGGCAUCUUCUCAGCGUCAAUAUAGCAAAGAAGCGAAAGGGGCUUAUACAGCUGGAAGCUGUGAAAUCGGACUACGAACCCUCCCAGGCGCAGCCGGAACCGGAGGCCAACGCCGCUUUUCCGGACAUUGGCUGGGGUAUGGACUGGGAUCAGGCUUCUCAUCGAGCCAUAUCUAUCGAUUUUCGGUCCCGACAUCCAGCUGUAGUAGCGCAUGGGGGCGUUAUAAAAUGA